AAUCUAUGUUUGGAAAUAGAAAAAAUAGUCCGCUAUGCGCUGUAACGCAGUUAUCAAUUUUAACUGAUAUGGAAAGUAUAGUUAUCGAGUAUGAUACGAUUACAGUAUUAUAAUUUCUGGGAAUAUGCAAUACGCCUCUACGGGUUUCUUAAAUAACAUUUGUGCGCAGCAUCAAUGUACUGAGUUUAUGUUAGUCAUCAUGCUGAAACGAGCUUUAUUCCUUGACACGUACAAAUGAUUGUUAUUCAUUGCACGAAUGUUGUGGGCGUUACAAAACGGUGCUUUAUCACACGAUGUAUGAAACAUUGAUAUCGUGAACUAUGAUCGUGUUAUUUUUUGGAUUUCAUUGGCGAUUACUAUCAACAACUGUCAACUGUCAAUUGUAAGGCGCGUAGAGACUCCCUUAUUCAUCAUGUUUUAAUGUUAUGAUUAGAAAAAUGCUAUGGCGUCCUUAAGAUCACAUAAUGGCGAUACAGAGUCUGAGAGCGAUAAGUUUGAGGGAUCAAAAAUUGAUCGACAUGGUUUUCUUCAGGACUCAAACUGUAGCACAGAUAGUCUUGCAAAACAAGGAAUACCACCCGAAGUAAUGUUACGAAGAGAGAGAAAGUGGAUACAGAUGUUAGAAAAUUGGAAAUAUUUCAUGAAUACAAAUUAUCGCAAAGUUCGGGAACGAUGUCGAAAAGGUAUACCGCCUUCCAUCAGACUUCGCGCGUGGUUGUACCUCUGCGGGGGUCAACUGUUGAUGGAUACAAAUCCAAAUUUAUUUGAGGAGUUGGUAGAACGAGCCGGUGACCCGAAAUAUAUAGACGAUAUUAAAAAGGAUCUUCAUCGGCAAUUUCCGCAUCAUGUGAUGUUUAUCGGAGAAGCUCCUGGACAGGAAGAAUUGUUUAAAGUAUUGAAGGCAUAUUCCAUUUUGAAUAGCAAAGUAGGUUACUCCCAAGCUCAAGCACCUAUUGCUGCAUUUUUGCUGAUGCAUAUGCCAGCGGUACAAGCAUUUUGGUGCCUCGUCGCGAUAUGUGACAAAUACCUGGUCGGGUAUUAUAGUCAAGAUAUGGAAACGCUAUUACGCGAUGGAGACAUUCUAUUUGCUCUGCUCAAAAGAGUUUCUCCUGUCGCUUAUAAACACGUGAAAAAACUAAAAAUGGAACCAAUUUUGUAUAUGACCGAGUGGUUUUUAUGCGUUUAUACGCGAACACUGCCAUGGGAAAGUAUUCUACGGGUGUGGGAUAUGUUUCUUUGCGAAGGAGUUAAAGUUAUUUUCAAAGUUGGUCUAGUAUUGUUAAAAGGUAGCUUAGGUCGUACGUCUCUCGUUAAACGUUGUCCAACAGUUUACGAAACACUUCAAGUAUUACGGAAUCCCCCGCAGCAUAUUAUGGAAGAAGAAGCUUUAGUUUACCAAAUUCGAAAAUUAAAUCUAACCGAAGAGGAUUUCGAAUACGAGCAUCAGCGUCAAGUAAUGAAACGAAAAGCAGCGGAACAGGCACCCCCUUCCACUGCCAAUUGGACAGACUGAUAAAAAAAAGCAAAUUACGCGUAAUACGAGUACCGAGCUUACAGGUAUUACUCCGAAGUGUGCCUUCCUUUAUAUUCUUCGUAUUGUACAGAUCGUCAAAUUUAUAUAACUAUACUUUUACAAAACAUAGAAAUAAUAUUUAGCCAAGUUCAAUAAGUACCAAACUUCUUUAUUACAAAUUUAGAUAAUUCGUAAAUAUGUCAUACACGAGUACACAUUCCCCGAAUAGAUAAACUAGAUAACUUAUCCCUAUUUUUUCUACAGUAACAGAGUUAUAAAGAUGCACAAUACUUGUAGAUGUUUAUAGUACCGUUUAAUCUUGUAUUAUUUCGACCGUAUUUCUAGUUAUAAACAUUUUAAGAUUUUUAUAUUUAUGUACAAAAAAAAAAAAUGGUAAAAGAUUACAUUUUUUAAGAAUAAAGUUUACCAUAUAAUAAUGUUAUCGAAUAGAAAUUGUUUCGUUUAGGUCAAUGUUGUUUUUGUUAAAAUUUAAGUAAACAAUGAAAAAUGAUGUAAUUAAAUACAUGUUACAAGUACAUA